AGAUGUUUGUGUAGAUUUGUGUAUUUGACACACAGCCAGUUAAGCUGUAAUCACUCUGCUCCAGGUGAGAGAUCCCAAGACCCUGCUGGCUUUGCCUGGUGUGCUGGUCGGAGACAUGGGGAAGAAGCUGGGUCAGAACGGACUGGAUAAUGGGUUUGCGAUGUUCCACAAUGUGAGAAUCCCACGCGAGAACCUGCUGAAUAAGACCGGAGAUCUGACUCCUGAUGGUCGCUACGUGACACCAUUUAAGGUCUGUGCAGAUUUCCAGUGGCAGCCAAAGAAGGCGCUUCAAACUCAACAGCCUGAUUUCCUGUGCCUUAGCUUUUUUAGAUAUAACCUUUAACCAUAUUCUAGAGAACAAUGGGUUUAUUUCAGAGAUGCUCUUUCU